UUACACUUACAUUUACAUUAAGUCAAUUAGUCAAAUAAAUUUAACAUUCAGUUUUGAACUUGAAUAAUAAAUAAUAUAAAUAUGACUGUUAUACUUGGAUCUCUAGAAGUCAAUCACUAUAUAUUAAUGUCGACUCUUCUACCAUCUGCUUCCAGUCAUUUAAAAGAAAAACAAAGUCAUAAUCACUAAAUGAUGUUAGAACAAUAUGAUUAAGAAUAUAAAUAUUUUGUAACUUAGUUAAUAAGGGCAGUGUAUUUGAUGUUAUUUUUAAAGUAUUGUUUAUUCAAUAACAGAAUCACGAUACUUGUUUACACAGUGAUACACAAUUGCGUGUACGUACUUACAUAUAGACAUCGACGUCUAUUUACUAACAGACAGAUUAACCAGAAAAUGGUAUAAAAAUGAUUUCUUAAUUCAUGUUAGUUCAUAAUCGUUUAUUAUUUAACGAGAUGAGUUCUGUACGUGAGAUUCAAUUAUCAAAUAAUAAGAUUCAUCAUUCGAUGUUGAUAGGUGAUAUAAAAUUGGUUAUUUGAUGUUCAACUAAGAAAUUGGAAUUUGUUAAGGAGUAUUGACUUUCAUUUUUAUCUUUGGAAAGAUGAUGUCAAAUUAUCAUUCAAAUAUUACUUAUCGAUUCAUAUAUAUUUAUUACUAACCGGUUUUUGAUGAGAAAAUUCCACCUAUCAUAGAAAAAUGAUCCAGCUGUUGUAUACACUAUCUUUUAUAAUGCUAAAUAUUUCUUAAGCUUAUUAGAUUACAAUGGAAACAUUAAUCAUCGAAUGAACAAUAAAAAAUGUAACAGAAACAAAGAUUGCACAAAAUGUAUAUAAUUUCUCUUAGAAAACAUGUCAUCUUAUACAUCAAUUGUGUAUUCAUUAAAUUAUUAUUUUCUGAAUAAAAAGAAUUCUUAUUUAUAAAGUUCAAUCUUCUCUCUGUUUGCUUGUAUGAACAUGUUAUUCUCGAGAUGAUGAAGAAGAUUUGUAGCUCAGGUGAAUGAUUAUGAUGAAGUUUUGUUCACUGAGCUGGAUGGUUUUGAUAGUGUAGCUUUCAUUGUUCUUCUGAACGAAUUUAGGUAGAAGUCUACUUCUACUGCUAUCAAAAAAACAUAUUAUUUUCGUAACAGUUUAGUCAUGUUAGAUUCAUUCACGAAUUAGCAGAAUUUUUUCAAGGGUAAUAGGACUUUAAUGAUAAUGUUAUUAGUUACACACUCAACCCAUUUUUAAUUCAGAUUAAUAUAAUAAAAAAUUUUAUUCAUUACAAUGAUGCUAACUAUUAAAUGUGUAUAGUAUACUGUUUACUAAACGUACUUCUGAGUACUAAAUUAUACAGGAAAUACAUAACUUAUUGUAGAGUAAAUGCAAAAUAUGAAUCUUUCAAUGUAUAAGAUUUACAAACGAUAUAAUCUGGAUGUAUCUAAGCGUUAAUCUAUACAAACGUUUGCUAUUUCUAUAUAUAACAUUGUCUAAUUCACUUAUUUGUAUAUGCCUUAUUAUGGUUUGAAUUAUUGUGCAUAAUUCUUCUCUCAAAAUAUUCCUUGUUUUUCAAAUAUAUAAAAUCAUUUAUUUAAAUAGCUGGCGUUAAAUAAAAUUCUUUGUGCAUAAGUGAUUUAAUGGUAUGAUUAAAAUGGAGGUUGAUCAGUAACUUCAAUGAGUAAUACCAUUUAUUACGUAGUUGAAAGAAAUCGUGUGUUAAAUUAUAUUAUUAACAGUAAAAACUGAUCAAUAUGACAUAACACAUUUUACAAACCACAACUAUUCAUUUGGAAGUUCGUUAUGAUUCAAAUAGAAUAUGAAUGACUUCUUUGAUUAUGAUAUUAGAGGGAAGGGGAAGGGAACAAUUUACCGGGUCCUUCAUAGUUUCAAAUGAAUUUUUCUAAUGACGGCCAACAACCUUAUAGCUUAAAAUGUGAGUUUCUUUUGAACGAAUUAUGAUGCUUAACUAACUAUAUUGAUAGUCUUAUUUGUAAGCUGAGUUGACAUAAAUCGAUAGACAGUGGGGAAAAAAUUGAAUAAUUUGACAUUAUUAAUUUUUAUAUCCUGUUUUAUAACAAUAAAAUCCCUUAUAUUUAUUUAAAUUAUCAUUCAUAAAAAUCUUCAUGUAUAUAGGUGAACAACAAACAAUCAUGAAUUGUGAUAUUAAGUUUAAUGAUUCAUUUUGGUCAGAAGUUUUUAAAACAGUCGAUAAAAAUCAUGAUGGACGAAUAAAUAAAAAAGAAUUUAAAAAAUUCAUGUUAACUAAUGGCGGUAAAUUUACUGCAAGUGAUAUUAAAAAAAUAUUUGCUUAUUGUGAUACAGACAAUAGUGGUUAUAUCGAUUUUUUGGAAUUUAAAAAUUUUAUGGAAGGACGUUGAUAAACAUAUUCAAGUUCAAUUUGUGCACUAUAUAUAUAUAUACAUAUUUCCGUUUAUUUAUUUAAACAAAGCUUGAUUACUUUUAAUGGUUUCCUAUUUUUUUUGUCUUCAUGUUUAUACUAUUGUUUAUCAUUUGAUUUGUUUGUUUUCCUGGUAUCUCAAGUGUUUCCAAUGGCAAAUUACAACAAAUUCAUACAUUUCAUUUGUGAUGUUUAAGGUUAAAUCGAAAAAUUACCUCCUCAAGUAUCAGAUUUUCUGCUUAAUAUUCAUUUAACUACUCUGUUUAUUAAUGAAUAGAUUGAAAAUCAGUCAUCAUAUUUCUUGUAUUCAUUCGGCAUAAUAAGAAAGAUAUUAUUAUCACUAUUGACUAACUAACAGAAGAGAAUAGUUGUUGGUUAUUUUGGGAUUUUGAUUCCUUUUUUUUAGUAUUCUCUUAGUGAUUACAAAGUCAUAAAUUAUGUAUCAAAAAUACAGUGAAUGUUUGUUCUAAUAAUUCUGUCUUUUAAAAUUUAUUCUACCGGUUAAUAUGGUGAAUCACCACUAUAUCUGCUUUGUUUUUUUUCGCUAGUAGGAAUUUAUAAAUUAAGUUUAUAGCUUUCCUGAUAUCACUGUCAAUCCAGUCCCGAUAAAUAAACACGUUAUGUUAGUGAUAAACAAUGUAGUAGAUCAACAGAAAC